GCAAACGUGAGUUCUUCAUGUUUUUAUUGAAAACAACGUAGUGCUGACGCCGUACGACGCCGUACGACAUCGGUUUUUGCUUUCCAAAAAGGCGUGCGCGCUCCCGCGGCAGGGGGAACAAAAUCUCACGGGGGAACCAAAUCAAGCACAACACCGGUCGGCACAAAUGCGCUAGAAGUUAGUACUUAACCCGGUUAUAAGCGAAAAUAUAAGCGUGUGUUAUAUUGUUGUAUCGGGUCAUUUUUAACAAAUCUAAUUUGUGGUAGUCCCGAUGGACCGAUUUAUAUUUUAUAGCAAAACAAGACUUCAGUUAAAAAAAAUAAUUCUCCGGAGUUGUUUGUUUUGAAUGACGUUCUCGGCGGAAGGAUCCAAAUGCAACACGCGGUGUUAUGGAGGUUAAUUUGAAACUCUUGGAUUUGGAUUUUAUUUUAAUGUAAUACACACCGGUUGUUUUCCUCAACUGGACUUUUUUUUAGUAUAUAUAUACUUUUUGAUGACAGUUACUCAUGCUUGUUUUUGUAUACAUAUAUUUAUAUUUGCAAGGUUGGUACUUUGAAGGAGUUGUAGCUACAGUCACUAACGCCUCGACAUAACAUGGCCAAUGAACAAAUGCUCAUUGUGGACAAGAAGACAGACGAGAGCAAAAUGUCCCCUUCAAAGGAUCCUGAAACUGUAUCAAGGGAGUCUCUGGAGUUUCAGAAACUCACACCUUCUCAGUUUGGGAUUACUGUGCAAAGUUUCAACCCAGUAGCAUCUGGAAGCAAAGAAAAAUCUCAUUUGGCAAAAUUGAAGGCAAGACGAAGACGUUCUAAUGUAGGUGUGAGAGGCUCACCAGAAACAAACUCGCUCAUCCGCUUCAUUGCACAACAAAAACUGAAGAAUUCCUCCAACUGUCAAACUCCAGAGCAGCUUGUCAGAGGUAGCCCCUUCCUUCCUCGAGUAGCAUCCACCCUGAAGCAGAAAAUAGCUUCCUUCCAGACUUUGGUGUUUGUGGAGGAGAGCGAGGUUUGCGAUCAGGAUGACAACACUGGUGGAUGCAUGACGACAAAGGAUUAUCUUUCUGAUGAACACAACCAAGAAGGGAAAGAGAACCACCAUCGAGCAGCUUCACCCUCACCCAGCAAGAAGCGUCGUGUGGGCCCCCUCAAAGGCUGUCAAGUGCAGAUUAGAGUUGCACACACUCCAGACCUUCCCUUAAAUGGCAGAGACAAGGAGGGAGAUAAGGAGCCAGUGGCAGAAUGCAAUGACAAUGUCAAACCAGAACCUGUGCCGUCAAGUGAGACUGAAGAAGAAACCCAACCUGUGCUUCCUUGUACACCUCUUCGUGGUUACCGUGAACGACACAUGUCCUUGGAACAUCAUGCCUUUUCCUCCAAAAAUAACCAGCAGGAAAAUGUGUUUGAACCUCAAAGCCCCAGCCGACCACAGCCUAGUGACCUUACAUCACUUUCGCCAGAGGAAUCUUUCUCUGUUUUCCAGUUCUCUUCGGUCCCGUCUCAAUCAUCUGAAGCAAGCGAGUCGUCUGAGGCAUCUGCAGAAAAGAAGAAAAAGAAGCGGGUGCAUUUUGGAUGCCCACUUUCCCCUGAGUUUUUUGAUACGCAACUGCCUCCCAGCACCCCGUUGCAGAAAGGGCAAACGCCAGCUCGAGCCUCCACACCAGGUGGGAUCUUAAAGAAGACACCGCAGAGGAGUGAGUCUUUCACUCCACAAGCCCAGCGAGAUCUUUGCAGUAUGUUUGGUGCCUCCCCGGCGCCAAUGUCACUUGACCACAGAAUGCUCCAUAUGGCGGAAGAUGGGGUGGAGAAGUUUGAAAAGAUGAUUUUUCCUUCAACAGCAGACAGUGAUUCUACAAUUAUGUCUGAUACAGAAUUGAUGAAUUGCACCCAGCUGAAUUUAAAUGAUGCUUUCGAUGAUGAGGCUCUUUCCCCAGCAGUACCAACAGACGUGAAGUCUGAAAUAAGGCCAGCCUAUGAGUCAAACGCCCUGAACGAGCGUGAGUCUUUAUCAGAGGAAAAACAACCUGAGGCUGUCGGUGACCCUGCACCCAGAUUGAAGAACUGGGAAAAUAAGGCAGCAGAAGAAUCUGAAUCUACAAAUGAAUUUCCAGCUGCUCGUACUCGUAAGAGGAAGCUUCCUGAAAAGAGCCAGCCUGUGAGGAGGUCGACACGCUCUGCUGCCAAGCCUUCUGAGACGAUUAAACUGGCCUCUAAAGCAGCAGCAAAUCGGUGGAAAAGGGAAGUCAACGUUUCUCUUUACGGCUCUCGAACAUAUGCAUCCAAGAAUCCUAGCCUCAGUCCCAUCAUAGAGUUGUUCCAGUCAGUAGCAGCACAGGGCUGUCUCCCUACUAGCUGUGCAGAUGAAAAUGCAUACUUGAAGAAUAACGCCAGUGAGUCAGAAAGCAGUGGCCCCGGGACUUCAGUGUGUAUUGGUGAGAGUUCAUCAGAAGCGCCCUGGUCCUCUGGCAAAAAAGCCUCAGGGACUAACAGGUCCUCAUCAAGGCCCAGGACCACAAGGCGAGGAUUAAGGAAGGGCAGAGUUUCAAUGCACGAUCUGCUACGUGUGGAGCCUCAGAUGCAGACCGAUGAGAAGGAAAGCGAGAACCAUGAAGAAGAGGUCACUACAAACACUGCGGGGUCAAUAGACGGCCCAUCAGAACAAGUGUCGGAUGAUGCUGCAGAACAUUGCACCCUAAUAUUUGCUGACACAACCAGCGCACACGCAGAUCCAAAUUCAGAUUGUUGUCAUUUGGUCGUUGAAGGCUCCACCUCAGCCUGCUUGUUAGGAGAAGAACAAACCAGUACAGUGGCCUUGACAAGCACGUCCCCCCGGACAACCCAGCAGGCUCAAGAUAUGUCAAGAUGCUUGGGGCGCUCUGUGAACCCGGCAGAGGAACAACCUCAAGCGGAAGCAACAACACAGCCCAAAACAAACAGUAAUUCAUCGUGUGAAUCUCCUGAAGAGGAGGCACAAGUCGACUGUGGCCCGGCCUCCUGGAAGGCUGACUUCAAUUUUGAGGAUGUCUUCAAAUGCAGGGGACAGCGCUCAGUGCGCCGCAGCCUACGGAACCAAAGGAACACAGAUAAUGACUCUGGUCUGGCCUGGGUGCCUCGGAUCUCACCUGAAAUAAGAAAAAGAACCGUCAAGAAGAUGCAGAAUCGCAGAUUCAGUUCGAUUAUUUAACCAGUCGCCACUGUCUGAGGACACUGAGCACGCCACUUGCUCGUACUUUGACAGUUUUUGCAUUCCACUCAAAUAUUACUUGCAUCAUAUCGUUAUUCCUUCUGAAUUAAUUUGCCUGUUUUGCAAGGUUGUUGUUUUAUGGGAUUAAAGUGCUGAUUCUUUCUCCUUAACCAAUCCUUUGCAUCAUUCGUCUAUGCAAGCCACUCAAUAUACAGAGAGCCCAAUCAUUUAUGCUGACCUCCUCUCAAUCAAUAUCCAACCACGCAUUUCCCCUCUCACUAGAUCCAGUCUCAAUGAGUCAAUAUUUUCUCUUAGUGGGUAGAUGAAGACGGCCUUAGUGCAGUACCAAUCUGUCAGACGAGGUUAGAGGCUACUGGAUUAAUGUGAAAGAAAUGGCAGGAAGGGCUAAAUGAGCCCUUGAGUCAUUCUCUGCUGUUGGGGUAACUAGGAGUUGUGGUGAAAAGCAAACCUAUGUGAAACCAACUGUUCCAUCAGUUUAAAUUCACCAUCUCCCAAAUUGUACCUAUGAAACUAUUUUUGAAAACAUUUUGAUGUAACUAACUCUUAGGGUGGAAUGAAUCUUCUAAAAAGGUUUUCCUCUAUUUGUUUAAUGAGUUUGACUUUUUUAAUUUAGCUGUUGAAGUAAAAGCUUAUCAAUGCAAAAUUGUUGAGAUGCAACUUGAAAAAAAUUCACAAAGGAGUAGAGAGUAAAAAUCAGUCCUCGUUUUGGUCUAUGAAAGGAGUUGAGUGCUGACCUCUCUAAGAUUCAAAGCAGCUCUCCCACAAGCAGUUCAGUCCACUUUAGAGUGAUUUUAGCAGAGAGAGUAGAAACAACUUGAGUUUCACAUUCAGGACAGUGAGCUUCUAGAGAUAUGCACAAGCGUGAUAUAUCCAUCACAGUGUAAUUGUCUCUCCACUUUUACAUCAAGCCCGAGUCACUUCACUUGCCUGAAGGACACCAAGGUCCUCAUUUUGUGGUUGAAUGCCAAACAAGGCCUUGCCAUCUGCAACUAGACGAAUGGGCUCUGAUCUUCUGACGUGACGCAGCAGGACUUUAGUGCCAUCCAGUGGCUGUCAUGAAGUGCUGCGUGUCAGGCUUCACACGUGAAAGUCAGAAAGAAAUGAAUGAACUGCAAUUCAUAAAAAUAAUUUAGUUGUAAUAAUUUCAUUUGUAUAAGUCAGUUUAUUAGAUUAAAAGAAGAAAAGCGUGAGCAUUUUGUAUUUGUUCAAAUCGCAUGAUGUGUGGGCACCUUUAUUGGCUGGGUCAAACUUGGCACGACUGCAAACAGGCUGCUGUGUUGUGAAAGUCUGCAGGCAUAAUGGUGCACCUCUAUAGAAGCCCUUGUGUCCGUACGUGUGAGUGAGGGGUGUGAAGCCGAAGCCACCAUCCCUGGCAGACGGGCAUAGUGAAGACGGCUUAGCACAAGAACAAUGGGGUCCUUUGAGAAAGACGACGCCCCCAAGACAUGUGGCCUCCUGUCACCGUGGCAACCCCCCAUGGGACAUGGAGAGGGUCUGACAGCUGGAGAGAAGGACUUUCAGAAAUGCUUUCUUUCUAUUGCUUCCCAUACAUGUGCUCCCAGGACCAUUUGGAUGGCCAAGGGUCCUGACUAUUGGAGUUUUGUGGCCCUGUACACACUGCCUCAGUCAUCACGCAUUCACAUUCUAUGCUCAAAAAGUACAGAUAGUUGCACAGAACAAAGUAGAUUUAAUUCCAUUAGUAAUGACUAAAAUUAAGCACAAAACUGGGUAAAAAAAAUGUUGUUUCCCUUCAAUAAAUGCCACUACUGAAAUAAGAAA